CUCAGGUUCCAGUAAACCCCUUGCUGUCCCGGCCACCUUGCUGUGCUCUCUGCUGGGUCUCCACCCUCCUUCGGCUUCCUCAGCGACGUCGCCCCUCAAGACAUGGCUGCCCAAUGUGUCACGAAGGUGGAGCUAAAUGUUUCCUGUGACAACCUUUUGGAUAAAGAUGUAACAUCAAAGUCGGAUCCUUUGUGUGUGCUGUUUUUGAGCACAAGUGGUCAACAGUGGUAUGAGGUUGAACGGACAGAAAGGAUUAAGAAUUCUUUGAAUCCCAAAUUUUCUAAGACAUUUAUUAUUGAUUACUACUUUGAAGUGGUUCAGAAACUGAAAUUUGGAAUUUAUGACAUCGACAACAAAACUAUUGAACUGAGUGAUGAUGACUUCUUAGGAGAAUGUGAAGUCACUCUUGGACAAGUUGUUUCCAGUAAGAAGCUAACUCGACCACUGGUGCUCAAAAAUGGCAGACCUGCAGGGAAAGGAAGUAUUACGAUUUCAGCAGAAGAAAUUAAGGAUAACAGAGUGGUAUUGUUUGAAAUGGAAGCCAGAAAACUGGAUAAUAAGGAUCUGUUUGGAAAGUCAGAUCCAUACUUGGAGUUUCACAAACAGACAUCAGAUGGCCACUGGCUGAUGGUUCACCGAACAGAGGUCAUAAAAAACAACCUGAAUCCUGUGUGGAAGCCUUUUAAAAUCUCUCUUAACUCUCUGUGCUAUGGAGAUAUGGACAAAACCAUUAAGGUAGAGUGUUAUGAUUAUGACAAUGAUGGAUCACAUGACCUUAUUGGAACAUUUCAGACCACGAUGACAAAACUCAAAGAAGCCUCCCGAAACUCACCUGUUGAAUAUGAAUGCAUAAAUGAAAAAAAGAGACAGAAGAAAAAAAGCUACAAGAAUUCAGGUGUGAUCAGUGUAAAGCACUGUGAGAUUACUGUAGAAUGCACAUUUCUUGACUACAUCAUGGGAGGGUGCCAGCUGAAUUUUACUGUGGGAGUGGACUUCACCGGCUCCAAUGGUGACCCCAGUUCUUCAGAUUCCCUGCACUACAUCAGCCCUAAUGGUGUCAAUGAGUAUCUGACUGCCAUCUGGUCUGUGGGAUUGGUAAUUCAAGAUUAUGAUGCUGAUAAGAUGUUUCCAGCUUUCGGCUUUGGAGCUCAGGUGCCUCCUCAGUGGCAGGUGUCGCAUGAAUUUCCAAUGAACUUUAACCCAUCAAACCCCUAUUGUAAUGGAAUCCAAGGCAUUAUAGAAGCUUAUCGGACCUGUCUUCCUCAGAUAAAACUCUAUGGGCCAACUAAUUUUUCUCCGAUUAUAAAUCAUGUGGCCAGGUUUGCAGCUGCAGCCACACAGCAGCAGACAGCAUCUCAAUACUUUGUGCUCUUGAUCAUCACGGAUGGUGUGAUCACAGACCUUGAUGAAACUAGACACGCGAUCGUCAACGCUUCCAAGCUGCCCAUGUCUAUCAUCAUCGUAGGAGUUGGGGGAGCCGACUUUAGUGCCAUGGAGUUUCUGGAUGGUGAUGGGGGGAGUCUCCGUUCCCCAUCAGGAGAGGUGGCCAUAAGAGAUAUUGUUCAGUUCGUGCCUUUCAGACAGUUCCAGAAUGCUCCAAAAGAAGCACUUGCUCAGUGUGUCUUGGCAGAGAUUCCCCAGCAGGUGGUGGGCUACUUCAACACAUACAAACUCCUUCCUCCCAAAAACCCCGCUGUGAAGUAGGAGCCAGGACACCUCCAGGAUUCCUAAGCUGUGUGGAGCAAUGCCAUCUCUUAUGCAGAAUGAUUUAUCUACCUUAUGUGCUUUUCACCCACUGUGUUCCCGAUAGAAACCCAACUUUUUGUAUGUAUUUUAUCUGUUUAAAGCAUACAUUUUAUACUUUUUGAAGAGGACAAGAGCAAGUCUAUAUCUCUGCUUAGUAAAUUCAGUGAUUGUUAGUGAUUUAUAGAAAUUCUAAGAGUGCUAUUUGGAAUUGUAUUUAAUGUGGGAAAAGUGGGAAUUUGUUGGCUUGUUGUCUACUGUCUAUAAUGAAAAUUCCAUUUUAAAAUGUAGUCAGAGCAAAUGAGGAAUUAAAAGAUGAUGUGGUUUGCAGGUUGCUAUACUGUUAUAGUAAAUAUACUCUGUACUCGUGACUGAGAGAGCUCCUUAAGACAAAUAGUGCUGAAUUUGUAUCUGUUACUCUGUAUUUUGCCCCUCUUCAUGCUGCAAUGAUGCAUUAUGCAUUAUACAAAACUAUUUUCACUUAGGUCUUCAUAAAAAGCAAGGGACUUACUCAGUUUUUUGUUUUGUAUUGUUUUGUGUUUGCUUGUUUGUUUCCAAGGCAGGGUUUCUUUGUGUAGCUUUGAAGCCAGUCCUGAAACUCUGUAGACCAGGCUGGCAUUGAAAUGAGAUCUACCUGCUCUGCCUCCCAAGUGCUGAGAUUAAAGGUGUGCACCACCACUGCCUGGCCUGUCAGUUUUUAAAAUGUACAAUCAACCAGGGGGAAAAUUCUUGUAGACAAGACAAUUUUGCCUUUUGAAAUCUCUUCUUUUCAUUGUGAACUAUUGCUCACAAUAUGGUCAGAUUUGGCCUUUCUUUUACUGAGUAAACAAGACACUUGAGCUUCUGUUGAAGUACAAAUGAUAGGUCAUCCCAGAAUUGAUAUAACUUAGAUCAGUGUAAGUUUGCGAAGUGAUUUGGAUUGCUUUGUCCAUUAAAGCUGAGAGGACCAAACAUUUAAGAUAAAAAUUAACUAUUGUAGACUUGGCAUGAUGACACUUCAUCCCAGUACUUGAGAGGUAGAAGCUGGAGGGUCAUCAGAAGACAACCCGCAUACGUAGUAAGUUCCAUGUCAGCCAGCUACACAGAGUAUGUUUCAAAGUAACAAAGAAAAGUAAAUAAUUGAGAAAUCAUCCAAUUUUCUAUCUAAUGGCAUAAUUGUUAGAGAUCAUUUUUAUUCUUUUCUUGCUAUGCACCUGCACAUUGAUUUUUAUAGAUUUAUUUAGAAAUUUUUGCCUUUUAAAAAUGAUAUUUUUGUUUUCUUUAAACAUAUAGUUCCAGUUAUUUAUUAAUCAAAAUUCCAUUUUUCAUUUCAAUAAUGUACUAUUUCCUAAGUCUAGAAUGUGUUCUGUUAAGCAUACAACCUGAUACAUUUAAAAGAAAAAAAAACAACACACACAAAUAAUUUUUCAACUUUUUUGAAACUUUUUCAACUGCUACAUUUAGAUAGUGUGGACUUAGUCUGCUUGUUUUGAAGAAUAGAAUUACUUCAACUUUAUCCUUUGAAAUGUACUACUUCCUGAGCACCACAUUUUUGGAAUAGAUUCUGUAACACUUGUCUGAAAUCUGGAUGCCAAAUACUUUUGCCUGUCUAUGCAGUGGCCAAUCAUCACUAACAAUUUAACAUUUAGAAUUGUGUAUUCGUCAGAUAUUCUUUUUUUUUUUCCUUUGGUUUUUCGAGACAGGGUUUCUCUGUGGUUUUGGAGCCUGUCCUGGAACUAGCUCUUUGUAGACCAGGCUGGUCUCGAACUCACAGAGAUCCGCCUGCCUCUGCCUCCCAAGUGCUGGGAUUAAAGGCGUGCGCCACCACCGCCCGGCUCGUCAGAUAUUCUUAAGUGGAUGUCUAACACUAGUCAGUGUUACUGAGUUCCUCUACUGCUGCCUGUGUCUUCGUUCUCUGCAGGCUUCUCAGAAAGCACUUACUGCUGAGAUCUGGCUCAGAGCAGAUCUACUUGUCUUGUUUGCAUAGCCCAGUGAAGGUUGUCUCCUUCUCACCUGGGUGCCUGCCAUCUUCUUAUGUGCUGUUAACCUGAGGCAGUGCACCUUUAUAACAGGGCUUCUUAAAUUUAUUUUUACUUUGCAUCCUUUCACUCAAGACAUGUUUAUGCAACCCCAGUUUUAUAAGCAUUUAAAAUAGGUAAUACAUAUCAAACAUUGCAAGUAAAUCAAAUAAAAUUAAUUUAGGGAUCUGGACAGAUGGCUCAGGGUUCAGAGCAUAUAUUGCUCUUGCAAAAGACCUGAAUUGGUUCCAAGAGCCUACAUCAGCUCACAAUUGGCUGUGACCCAGCUUCAGGGGACCUGAUGUCUUCCUCUGUCCUCAAUGUGCACCUGCACACAUACACACAGAGCACAGAAACAUCUUUAUUUAGCACAAUUUUUGUUAGAUUUGCAAUUUUACCACAUAUUAAAGAGGAAGACAUAUUUGCCUACUCAUAAGGUGGAUAUCCUUUUUUUUUUUACAUAAGAAUUGGAUCUCAACUAAGCAUCUUUGAUGUGCUUCAGACUUGGUUGAUAUUUUGUUUUUCUAAUUGUCAAUGCUUUCACUUAAAUACAUAGUACAAGAUGUCAUAAAUAUGUUUAGGGCUGUUUAAGAUGUUAGAAGUUCUGUCCCUAUCCAAAGCCAAAACAUAUUUAAAAUUUUUCAAUGAAGUUGAAGCCUACAAUUUUUAAAAUCAAACUUUCUAAGACAAUACAGUCUAGAGAUUCUGGCUUAAUUACUGACUUGAUUCAGAAUAGCAGGGGGUAUUGAAGUCUUUGUUUUCUAUAACGAAGCAUUAUGCUUCAGGAAGCUUAGUUUGUACAGUGAAAUGACUGUAACUCAUAAUACAUGAAGUAACCUGUAUCGAGCUGAGGUAUUCAGACAGGGUUUAUUGUUGUUGCAUGGCAUGACAGGAAGUGCAUCAGGUGUGUCUCAGAACCAAGGCUGCAGUGAAGUUGAGUGAUAUAGGGGGAAGCCCAGAAACACCUCAGAUUCAUUACACAUUUGGUUUUGAAUUAAUUUUUGGCCAUUGUGUAUUAGACAUUAGAAACCUUACUGUUGUCAGGUUUUCAGUCUACAUGACUGCUUAUGGGGCCAUGACCCUGGGCUCCACAGCAUGAUUCAAUAGAGAAGGCGAAGACUGAUUUCCUUUCUUUUCUUUAUUUUGAAACCAUUAUUGUUUUACACAUCUCAGUUCUCUGUGCUUGGAAAGACAUCACUGUGGUUUUUAGGACUUUCUUUUGCAUACAGAGGGAACCAGCACAGAAAUGGCUUACAGAUUUUCAGUGUAUGUUAUACAGUAACAGAGGGGCUUCUCUGGCUCUGAAGCAGGGCUCACUGCGCUUGCUAAGCCAGAGAGGGUGCUCAGAACCGCAGUCCUUUCUUCAUGUUUGCAUUGGGCAUCUGGCAGCCAUCUUCCUGCCGUUUGGUUCUUAGCAGUUUUAUAUUCUGGCUUGCCAGAAUUGUUUCCUUUUAAAAUACUUUUUCUUUAAAUGACUCAUCAUGAUUGGGUUUUUAUAGAUUUGUUAUUUAUAAGAGUUGUGAUUAUAAGAGUAAUCCAUACGUUACUGCAGUGUGAAAUAAAAGCAUUUACAACAUCUAAAUUAUCUCUUAUAAAACUCUUAGUUUCAGCACUCAAAUUCAUUUCAUGCUAUUUAAUGUUUUUUGUCAUCAAAUAUUUAUUUUCCCUGUUGUGCCACUAUGUGAGCAAAUGCCAUUCAUUUUUAAAAUGAAAAUCUCCAAAUUGACUUUCGUUUUUUUGUAACACGUAUGUAUACGAUCAUGAUUUCUCACGUGCAUAUCUUCAGAAAUAGUGUUCCCACUGGUCUAGUCACCUCAUCAAUUUUUUUUAAAGGUCAUUAAAAUUUUAAGUCUUCUGAGGAAUUUCCAAGGGUUCACUUCAGACAACUUUUCCAAAGUAGAUUCGGGGCCUCAUUGCUGCCUGUGCUGCAUUUUGACUUGCUUUGCCCCUUUCGUGUGUUUCCUAGAAAGCCAUCUUCAAGAAUGCUCUCUAGUCUAUUUUUCAUGAAGGUGAUGUAAGGUAAGUUAGCAGCUGGGUGAAAAUUGUGAGCAGUUGUGUUGCUGUGGAUGUCACAGUAUGUACACAACUUACCAUACAUGAAUUCAUGUCACAUGUAUCUUCUGUGUGAAUUCCCUUUGGAUAAAGUUACUUCUUGAUGUAA